AUAAACACUGUUAUCCCAACUUUUCGUUUGUUUUUUCUUGUGAUGUUUUAUUUUUCCCUAAAAUUACAAUGCUAUUCCAAGAUCUCCCACAAGAACUUAUAUCUCAAGUAAUUUCCAACUUAAACAAAAGAGACAUACUGUCGUUUCUUCAGUGCCAUGCUAGUUCUUAUUAUAGGUCACUAUAUGAUUCCUUUUGGUUUGAUCUCUGUAGAUUACAUGGUAUCCGUUACUGUCAUCCGGACAUUUCCUGGAAAGAUUUAUUCUGUUCCGAUCAAGUUUCAUCCAUGUGCCCUCAUUUGAAUACAAACCUGUUUAAUACCCGUUUUAUCCGAGAAAAGAAACAAUUGUUAUGGUCCUCUUUUGAUCAACGAACGGAAGCAAAGGACCGUGAGCUCUGCCUUCACCCAUCUUGUGAUUUUUUGGGAGAGUCUGAAAGCUGUACCGAUCAUUAUGCUGCAACCAAGCACAACCUUUCCAUAAAAAUAACACAGUUACACACGUUGGAAAUAUGGUGCAACACUUGUGUAAAAACCAUUGGCUUCGACUAUUUUGCAUCUAAUGUCAAACAAGGCUUGAAAUCGGAAAGUUACAUCAUGAAAAAACUGACUAAAAAAUUAGCCUUGGUUACUCAAGAAACCGAUAGCCAAGAAUUAGCUUUAUCGAUUACCAAAGGUAGACAAGAGAUUGAAUCGGGUAUUUUUAGAAUACAAUUUAGAAACUCAACAAUGCAUCUUGUCGAAAAAGACUGGUAUACAACAUGGUUAGCAUUUAUAUCUGGUCAGUCGACGGAAAUUCCAGGGGAUCUCAACAAUGAAUCUCUUUUUCUAUCUGAUGGAUCGCUUAAUCCGACUUUAUCUCUGGGAAAGCAUUUUGAAUUAAUUGGUAACCUGACCCGCUGGUAUAUCGAGCGUGUUUAUUCAGUAUCUGGCAAAAUCAUAUCAUCAAACGAGUUAUUAGAGGCUCCAGAGUACUGCAAACUUGCACAUUCCAUUAGAAUUAGACAACAAAUGAAUCAGGCUGCUAGAUACAGUGCGUACGGCUCCAACGGGCGGAUUUCUAAAGUCAAUCCGCGGUAUUAAAAAUUCCAAACAGCAGACUUUUUGUCUUCCAAUCAACAUUAAACAUUCAUGAACAAUAAAAAUCAUAUUUUAGUAGAUAUUUGGACCUUUUUUUACCACUAAGAAUAUGACGAAACACAUUGUAAUUUAUAGCUGAUAAAAUAAAUACUAAUACGUCUCAAUUGAGUAUGGCCCUGGGUUUUUGCUACUUUUAAUAUGCGGAACAGCCACAAUUUGCUUAACCACCUUUGUCACGCUGUACAUUUCAAUAUCAUUCAAUUAUUAAGUUGCAUUUCCCUUUUUUAAAUAAAUAUGUUAUGGGCAGUUAUUAUGAACAAAUGGCU